AUGAAACGCAGCAACAGAUGCAGUGCUCUACAAGAGAAUUUUGUGAAUGUAAGUUCUGUCACAUUUGAUUUCAUUGAGGUGUCUCAGGAUGUUAAUCCUCUUCUUCAUUGUUUUGUCCCGGCAGUGCAUUACAGAGCAUGGACUGAAAGCACACUGCACAAGUUUGAAGACACAUGGCAUGAACAACAACCCCUAGAGCUUGUCCUUGGAAAAGAGAAAACUGAAAUGACUGGGCUGGCUGUUGGCAUUUCAUGCAUGAAAGCUGGUGAACGUGCCUUGUUACACGUCGGUUGGGAAUUAGGGUACGGAAAAGAAGGAAACUUUUCGUUUCCAAAUGUAGCUCCAAUGGCAGAUAUUGUCUAUGAAGUCGAAUUGAUUGGUUUUGAUGAAACCAAAGAAGGGAAAGCUCGUGGUGACAUGACAGUAGAGGAGAGAAUUAGUUCUGCAGAUAGAAGAAAGAUGGAUGGUAAUGCAUUAUUCGCUGAGGAAAAGCUGGAGGCAGCAAUGCAACAGUAUGAAAUGGCCAUAGCAUAUCUGGGAGAUGACUUCAUGUUCCAAUUGUUCGGGAAGUACCGCGAUAUGGCGCUGGCAGUAAAGAAUCCUUGUCACCUUAACAUGGCAGCAUGCCUGAUAAGACUCAAGCGCUAUGAUGAAGCCAUUGCUCAGUGUGGCAUUGUCUUGGUGGAGGAUGAAAACAAUGUGAAAGCACUAUUUAGGCGUGGCAAAGCUAGAGCUGAGCUUGGGCAGGUGGAUUCUGCUCGUGAAGAUUUCCUCAAGGCACGAAAAUAUGCCCCAGAAGACAAAGCAAUAGCAAAAGAGCUGCGUCUGCUAGCAGAACACGAUAAAGCUGUUUAUCAGAAACAGAAAGAGCUUUACAAGGGAUUAUUUGGAAAAAGUCCAGAUCCCAAGCCGAAACCCAAAAAUUGGCUGAUAUUAAUCUGGCAGUGGUUGCUCUCAAUAUUUUAUAGCCUUUUCAAGCAGAAGAGGCAGAAAGAUGAUUGAUGAGUGGUGAGCGAUAUACAUAUCAAGUUUGUUGCUAUCUAAUCAGAUGCUGUUACCGAUUGCACAACUCUGUAAGCAUUCUCUCAGAAUGUUUGUUAUUUAACAGCCUAUUUCAGAUUGCACAUUUGUUUGCCUUUAAUUCCUCUGUUUCAGAGCUGUUUAAGGUGAAGUUUCUCCUCAAUUUCUUAGAACUUGAUAUGAAUUGUAUUCAGUGAUUUCUUCUUUCA